GUUCAUUAAUAUUGGCAUUGUCAUCAUUAUUUGAAUCUGUCACAAUAACAUCGUCGUCUUCUGGAUCUUUAUUAGAAGUUUUGGAUGGGUUGGUAGAGUUAGGAUUAAAGAAAAUAUCUG